AUGUAUCACAGCGACAUCUGUAUCAUCCUCAGUCCACGGCAAUGUGAAGGCACCGGUACUGGAAAGGACGGCGACGUCGAGCGUGCAACAUCAGCGCACCAGCCUCCUGAGACGUCGCCCAUACAGCGGCUACACUCACAGGCCACCUCAAACACGAAAUAUCCGGGGGAGAUGGUGCCUUCGGAUCCGCUUAUCUUGGUCUUCGUAGGGGGCUAUCUUGAAAGGUCGCAAGGGUCACACGUGAUGGUCCUUGGACUGGCCACAUGUGAAACCGUUGUUCAUGACGUCCAUCCAAGAAAGGUCAGCUCGCUCCUUUACCUCGUCCCUCUGCUCGGUCUCAUCCUCCCCGCCACUGCUGUCCCAGACAAGGUAGACGUUGCUAUGCCCGCUGGUACCAUUGGUGUCUUCACAGGCCAGCCAAUGGGGAAUCCAGCGUUGUCCUUCGAAUACGGUGGCGUCGCCCACGGCCAGAAGUUCCUGGAACUCAAUCGCAAAGGCCCCGACUCUUUCCUACUCGUCAACUAUACGUCUUGGUCGUGGCCUGACCAUGACGAGGAGGAGCACAAGAAGCUACAAGCGGGCGGGGGGACGUUCUCACUCCACAAGAAGGUCGAGGGCAAGGCGGAUGAGCAGCUGAACUGUGAUCUCGAUGGAGAUUUCAAGGACCCCACCAAGGGUGUGUUCUGGGCUUUCACAUGGGAUGAAGUGAAGGGUGUCGAGACCCAGAUCUGCCCGGAGGAGUCCAACGGUAUCACUCUGAAGUGCAAGGGCGAGACUGACUUCAAGCCGCGGUGCAGGCGGUUCUGA